AAUUUUGAAUAGUAUCUGACUUUGGAUAUUUGUUUGGAGAAAAUCGAAAAACGCAGAAAACAAUAGAUCCGGCGGAAAAACCCGGAGAAAGUUUCGAUAGAUUUAUAAUUGGGCAGAGAAUCGAGUGUGGACAGUGCUUGUAGUGUUGGACCUCAACGGUGACUCAGUGUGUUGCCUCCCUCAGGUUCUGUGAGAUGCUGCUGCCAGUGUGCCGAGCCUGCAGCAGGAGGCUGGUGCCCACAGCUGCUGGGGCGGCUGCUUCCUGGACCAGGAGGGCUCACACUCUCCUGCCAGGUAGAGUCAGUGUGUCGUCUCUACGUACUCCGGCCGCUCUACUGGUCCCGAGGGUGUCCGCCCCGGCACUGCUGCCGGCUCGCACCAUGUUCAUCCAGACGCAGGAGACGCCCAACCCCAACAGCCUCAAAUUCCUUCCGGGAAGAACGGUGCUGGAGGAGGGCGGCACGCUCGACUUCCCCACCGUGGCCACGGCGCAGCACUCGCCGCUGGCCAAGCUGCUCUUCCGCAUCCCGGGCGUCAGGUCUGUCUUCCUCGCCCCAAACUUCAUCACGGUCACCAAGAUUGACGACGAGGUGGAGUGGAAGGUCAUCAAGCCGGAGAUUUUCGCCACCAUGAUGGAUUUUUUCACGUCGGGACUGCCCGUCGUACACCAGGCCGCCUACGACGCCGCCGACGGACGCCAAGAUGGCGCGGAGAGCAGCGACGAGGACGAGGUGGUGGCCAUGAUCCGCGAACUGCUAGACACACGUAUCCGUCCCACGGUCCAGGAGGACGGCGGCGACAUCGUCUUCAUGGGCUUCGAGGACGGCGUGGUGCGUCUGAAGAUGCAGGGCUCGUGCACCAGCUGUCCCAGCUCGGUGGUGACGCUGAAGAACGGCGUCCAGAACAUGCUGCAGUUCUACGUGCCCGAGGUGGUCUCGGUGGAACAAGUCAUGGACGAGGCGGACGAAGUUAUCGAGGACGAAUUCAAAAAGUUCGAGAAAAAGAUCAACGACGACAAGUCAAAGUCUGAAGUCAAAUAGUGUUGCACUGAUGAUGAGGCUGGUAUGUUCUGUUACAAGUGCUGUGUGACGCGCUGGAGCAGUGAUGUGCUACAUGAUGUACAUUGUACAUGAUGUCAUGUCUGCGGUCUUAUAUUAAAACUGUGUGACACUACUGGUAGGAACUCGGGACACAUUACAUUGCCGAGAUACGAAGCGGCAACCGUUUGAAAAACUGAUCGGUACCAUGCGACAAACUCGGAACACAUUACGUUGCCGAAAUACGAAGCGGCAACCGUUUGAAAAACUGAUCGAUACCAUGCCACAAUCCACAUCUUAUGUGUUGCAUACUUCAGCAAAGAGUGUGCCACACUCAAUAGGCUUCGUUAUGUUUAGUUUCAGCGUCUAUUUGUUGCUGUUUUCGCAUGGUGCAUAAUAUUGCUCUGCAGGUAGGCAGACACGGAUUGUGGUCCACUCUGAGGCAUGAGUGGAGUGGCGCUUGCUGCUACAUUGCUUAUGCUGCUCCAGUAGCCUGAAACAAUAGCCAAAUAAUGAUAUACCUAUUAGGCGAAAAAUAAAUGUCGCCGAACUGAA